AUGGCACGGCUCGGCUUGCCCGCGCUCCUCUGCACCCUGGCCGCGCUCAGCACGGCGCUGCUGGCCGCGGAGCUCAAGUCCAAAAGUUGCUCGGAAGUGCGGCGUCUCUACGUGUCCAAAGGUUUCAGCAAGGACGAUGCCCCCACGCACGAGAUCAAUGGUGAUCAUUUGAAGAUCUGCUCCCAGGGUUACACCUGCUGCUCUCAAGAGAUGGAAGAGAAGUACAGUCUGAAAAGUAAAGAUGAUUUCAAAACUGUGGUCAGUGAGCAGUGCAAUCAUUUGCAAGCCGUCUUUGCUUCCCGCUACAAGAAGUUUGAUGAAUUCUUCAAAGAGCUGCUUGAAAAUGCAGAGAAAUCCCUGAAUGAUAUGUUCGUAAAAACAUAUGGCCGCUUAUACAUGCAAAAUUCAGAGCUAUUUAAAGACCUCUUCGAAGAACUGAAACGCUACUAUGUGGUGGGAAAUGUGAACCUGGAAGAAAUGCUCAACGACUUCUGGGCGCGCCUCCUGGAACGGAUGUUCCGUCUGGUGAAUUCACAGUACCACUUCACUGAUGAGUAUCUGGAGUGUGUGAGCAAGUACACCGAACAACUGAAGCCUUUCGGAGAUGUCCCUCGGAAACUGAAGCUGCAGGUGACACGUGCCUUUGUAGCAGCCCGCACCUUUGCUCAAGGCUUAGCAGUCGCGAGAGAUGUCAUGAGCAAAGUCUCCGUGGUAAAUCCCACAACGGAGUGUACCCAGGCCCUGUUGAAGAUGAUCUACUGCUCCCACUGCCAGGGUCUCGUGACUGUGAAGCCGUGCUAUAACUACUGCUCAAACAUCAUGAGAGGCUGUUUGGCCAACCAAGGGGAUCUUGACUUUGAGUGGAACAAUUUCAUAGAUGCUAUGCUCAUGGUGGCAGAGAGGCUGGAGGGGCCAUUCAACAUCGAAUCGGUCAUGGAUCCCAUCGACGUGAAGAUCUCAGAUGCUAUCAUGAACAUGCAGGAGAACAGUGUGCAAGUGUCUCAGAAGGUUUUCCAGGGAUGUGGACCCCCCAAGCCCGUCCCUGCUGGACGCAUCUCCCGCUCUGCCCCUGAAAGUGCAGCCUUCAGUACCUUCAGUUCCUUCAGUGCCCGCUUCAGACCCUACCACCCAGAGGAGCGCCCAACCACGGCGGCUGGCACCAGCUUGGACCGACUGGUUACAGAUGUGAAGGAGAAACUGAAACAGGCCAAGAAGUUCUGGUCCUCUCUUCCCAGCAAUGUGUGCAAUGAUGAGCGGAUGGCAGCAGGAAAUGGCAACGAGGAGGACUGCUGGAAUGGAAAAGGAAAAAGCAGGUAUCUGUUUGCCGUGACUGGAAAUGGAUUAGCCAACCAGGGCAAUAACCCGGAGGUGCAGGUUGACACCACCAAGCCGGAUGUACUGAUCCUUCGUCAAAUCAUGGCUCUUCGGGUUAUGACUAGUAAAAUGAAGAACGCUUACAAUGGGAACGAUGUGGACUUCUUUGAUAUUAGUGAUGAAAACAGUGGAGAAGGAAGUGGAAGUGGAUGUGAGUAUCAGCAGUGCCCUUCAGAGUUUGAUGACAACGCAACUGACCACUCUGGGAAGAGCGCCAAUGACAAAGCCAACAGCGCUGGGGCCCUGACUGGGGCACAGCUCUACCUCCUCACUGUCUCCUGCAUUUUGUUCCUUCUUAUGCAGAGAGAGUGGAGAUAAUUCUCCAUCACAGAGAAAAAAAAAGUAAUCAGCAUAAAAAAAAGUUUAAAAAGGCACCGGUUAUCAUUUUUAUACCAUCCUAGUGACUUUGCUUUUUAAAUGGACAACGAUGUACAGUUUUUACUCUGUGGCCACUGGUUGAAAAAAAUUGCUGACUUUGCUCUUUCUCCUUCAGUUUUGCAGGGGAUAGGGACCUGGAUGUAAAGUCAGUUCCUGUUCCCCUAGCCCCUGAAUUUUGUUAAACGUGGCUAACAAUGUAGGUACAGAAAACUGUAGUUAGUUGUGCAUUUGUGAUUUUUAUCAUUCUAUUGGUUUUUUUUUCUUUUUUGUUUGUGGGUUUUUUUUCCUUCAGUUAUUAUCUCACCUUGUUUCUUACAAGAAAACCAGGGUCCCUUCUUGGCAUGUAACAUGUACGUAUUUCUGAAAUAUUAAAUAGUUGUACAGAAGCAGGUUUUAUUUAUCAUGUUAUCUUCUUAAAAGAAAAAGCCCAACAAGCAGUAAAUUUCCUUUUCAUCCCUGUUUUAGUUGCCUUAUCCGAAGAGGAGUGGAGAUAAUUUUGUUUUCUAUUAUUGUUUUUAAGCUAGGACAGAAUGUGAAGGCACAAGGGGGCUUCUGCACCAUUUGUCAGAUGUACUGGUGACAGGGAGAGACUGCAGAGUACCCGUUUUGGUUGACUUGCAUAAACUAAAGAUCACACGUAGGUCCAUUUCUCUCUAGAAAGAUAGAAGGUAUUCAGGAAUUCCAGUUGUCAGCUGUUCAUAGGUUUUUUUUGGGGGGAGGGGUUCUUUUUUCUUUUCUUUCUUUCUUUCUUUUUUUUUUUUUUUCAGUGCAAACAAGUUAGCAAGCCACUGUGUGCUGGUCUUCAUGUCCACAUAGACAUUCUUUGAACGGGUAUUGCCACGACUGAAAUAAGCCAUCAGCAGUUUCAUCUGGCUUCCCUUAUUACAGUGUUCCAGACUUCAAGCACAGUCAUAUAGCAGGAGCUGUCUGGGAGCUAUCCAUAAUUAGGGUACAGUGUGGGCUCAGGGAAUAGCUAUCAACACUCGAGUACAAUUGUUUUAUUAUUAUAGUUUUUUAUUAUUUUGUCUGUGCAUGUGCAUUUACAUCUGCUUUUGGAUCCCAGUUUCUUUUUGACGACAUUCUAAGGUGUCUCUUGAGUCUUUUAUUUACCCAGUCCCCUGUGAUCAGAAAGAUAGCGGGAUUCACUACCAUACCAGCACCCUAUAAGUUAAACCCACUUGGGGGACACUGGGCGUCCACAAUUUUUCAUAUAUUGUUUUCCCCCUCUUCUUUCUUUUUUCUUUUUGAGGGGGAGUGUUGGUUAUCUAGAACUGAGACUACAUCUUAGGGAGGUGACUGUUAGCUAGCUUGAUGGCUACCUCACAAAGGCCGUAUCAGUUGCCCCAGGCCAAAGACUUAAGAAUGGCCUUAGCUCCUUAAACUCUGGCCCCUUAAACUCCUUGUCCUUGCAUCUUUACCAAAUGGCAUCCCAUGAAACCUUGAGAAUGUAACAAGUCAUUUUGCAAAGAGUGCCCUAAAGCCUUCAGACAAAAUCAUUCUGCAAGUCUCUCCUGCUUUAGACGGCCAUUACGAUCCCAACCAAUUCCACAGAAGCAAAAACCCACAGAGGGGUUGUGUUCAUGUUCAAUCUUUAGUUGUAAGAGUAAUUCUCUAUUUUUAUAUUGAAACUUAAUUACUUGAUAGCUCAGGGUCUACAAUUCAUUUAACUUUCUACACCAAAUUCUGCAGAAUGGUCAAAAUGGAAUAUUGGGGGCUGUUGUAAACAGAGGCUUAAUUUUAUUAGAAGUAGCCAGUUAUUUAUUAAAGCAUGAUGUUAAUAAAAUAGGCAUAUUCUG